AAAAAGUGAAGUCGACAUGCUUGUACUUGUGCACGUAGCUCACCUAACUAGCUUUUAGAUUUAUUGAAAUUAACUCCCAUCCAGUUUCUGUAAGUGUUUAUUACUUGAUUUUGGUGAAGUUCUCACCAAUGCUUCAACUUUUCUCUUUCAGCUUAAAAGGUUAAAGCUUCGCAAAAACAACUGGGACACAGACACCUAUGAGUUUGAUGAAGUGCUGACAGAGUUUGCAUCGUAAAAGUGUGUGUAUGAAGUUGUUGCAAAGCUAGUUGUUGAGGGUAUUUUGGAUGGUUACAAUGGGACAAUCAUGGCUUAUGGUCAGACUGGUACUGGAAAAACAUAUAUUCUUGGUCGACUUGGGGAGGAAGAUACAGCUAAUCGUGGAAUAAUGGUCCGUGCUAUGGAGGACAUUUUGGCAGAAGUUUCACCAGAAAUUGAUUCUGUUUUGGUCUCCUAUUUGCAGCUUUACAUGGAGAGCUUACAAGAUCUUCUUGAUCCUACUAAUGACAACAUUUCCAUUGUUGAAGAGCCUAAAUCUGGAGAUGUUUCACUACCUGGGGCUACCCUUGUAGAAAUAAGAGAUCAGCAGAGUUUUAUGUCAAUUUUUAUUGGUUUAUAUUUGGUUGAUUUUCAUUUCACUGUAUUUUCUUAGAAUAUGUUUGACUAUCUAUAAAUUAUAUUACCUGUAGAUAUUUUAGUUUAACUUGAAUUGUGUUCUUUAGUUUACCUUCUGCUGCGCGAUUGGAAUGGGUCAGAAGAUUUCUUUCUGACCAUUAAAAAUCAAUGUUCAAACUUUUUGAUGUUG